UUUUAUUUAAAUUUAUUUUCUAAAAAAUAAAAAUGAGUAAAAUGCAAUCAUGCCUUGCUUACUCAAUGGGUAAAGCAAGAAGGAGUUCUUUAAAUAAUAAAGAAGCAAAGAAACUGCCAGGACCUGGGAUUUAUAAUGAUACAAGAAUAGAUGCAGUGAGAUAUCAAAAUCCUAAGUGGUCUAUAAAGGGAAAAGGAGCAGCAGAAAAGUAUGGAAGAGAUGGACCAGGUCCAGGACAAUAUAAUGAUAACUAUAAAUAAGCAUGGAACUCCUAAUUAUUCAUUUGGUGGCAAGAUGUCAAAGACUUUUUAUCAAGAUAAAUCCAGUAUCCCUGGACCUGGCAGUUAUUCGCAGAAAACCUCUUUAAGAAGUAAAGGUGGGUAUAUCGGUUCCAGACAUCAGCAGAAAAGAGCUAAGGAUGGCCCAGGUCCAGGCCAGUACUCUAUGAGGUCAACUUUCGGAGGCAGAGGUGCCACUUUUGGAUCUGGACAGAAGGGUAAUCUGUUGGCAGCCAACAACGCUCCAGGCCCAGGUGCUUACAAAGCCGAUUCGUCAUUUGGAAAUAAAACUUACGGAGCUGGCUUCGGAUCAGGCAGGAAAGAAAGAGCAGCUAACAGAGGUCCUGGGCCAGGUCAGUAUUCCAUCAACGACGCUCUUUACAGAGAUGCAAAAGCAGCUUCAAUGAAAGGACGCCCCAAAACUUCGAAGAAAGACUUCAAGCCAGGACCUGGUCAUUAUCAAUCAAAGAGUCUUCACAGUUCUCCAGCCUACUCGAUGGGAGUCAAGACCAAACUUAAGCAGCUGGUUGGCCAAGGCAUGCCUGGGCCGGGAAACUAUGACCCAGAGUACAAGAAAGUGAAGCAGGGUACUCCGGGUAUGCUCUUCGGCACACCUUCUAAAACUAGAAUCGUCGGAGACAACUCGAUGCCAGGACCAGGCCAGUACGAUGUCAGAAGAACUGCAGGGUCAGAGGCUCCCGCUUACGGGAUCAGAGGUAGAUACUCAGACCACAAAGGAGAUCUCAAGCCAGGCCCAGGUAACUACAACCCUAAAGAUGACUUGACCAUCCACGGAGUUCCAGGUACGGUGAUGGGCUCUGGACAGCGAAGUGACUUUGCUGGCAAAGCUCAAGGACCUGGCCCUGGCCAAUACGAGCUCAAAGGCAAACUUGGAGACGCCAGUCAGUACUCAUUCGGAGCAGGGCAACGCAAUGAUGGAAGUCUUGAGAGAAGAGCCAGGGAAGUCCCAGGGCCUGGCCAGUAUGCACAAGCAACGUUUGUUGGCAAAGACUCCCAAGGCAAAUCUAUAGCUGGUAGAGUCCAAGACAGAAAGCCCGAUGAAAUUCCAGGGCCAGGCACAUACGGAUCUGCAAACCAGCGAAAUGGGCCUGCCUACAGUUUGUCUGGACACCGCACUCAAGACCCUGUGCUGAGAGAAAAAGCGAAGAUGCCACCUCCCGGAACCUAUAAUCCGAAUGACAAGAGCGUGGCUCAAGGGUCUCCUGGAUUUGUGUUUGGGAGCAACCCAAAAUCAUCUCCGCUGAAAGGAGACGGCAUGCCAGGCCCAGGACAAUACGACUCGAGGUCGACUUUACAGCCAAGAGGAGUCCUGAUAGCAGGGAAGACUCCAGAGAGAGUUCCAGAGAGGUCACCUGGUCCUGCAGUGUAUAUGCCAAAUGCAGAUCCAAAGUAUAAGUCAGGGCCAGCAUUUAGCAUUGGAGGCGUAAAAGGAGAUCAAGCAAUCCCAGGUAAAGGGAUGCCAGGACCUGGCGCCUAUGAAUCACCAGAAAGGCCAGGCACAAGUGGGUUCAGUUUUGGCCAUGAUAAAAGGAAAGAUCUUGGUCAAAAUAAAGAUGAGCCUGGUCCUGGUCAAUAUAAUCCUCCAUCAAAAGUAGGAAAUGAAGGAAAGAAUGUCAUAAUAUCAGGUAGGCAUGAAGAAAAGAAAGACAUAAACCAAGUCGGGCCGGGUCAAUAUCAAGUUCCUUCUACUAUUGGAGGUCCAAAGUUUUCAAUGGGAACAGGUGAAAAGGGAACAAAGUUAAAUAAAAAUACUCUCCAAAAUCCUCCUCCAGGAGCAUAUACUGUUGACCCUAACACUGGUAAAAAGGCUUCUCCUGGUAUUGUUUUUGGAAAAGAUAGGAGAAGUCAAGAAUUUGCGAAUAGCACACCAGGCCCAGGAAAUUAUGCAAUUUCCGGUACCAAUGAAAACAAGGGCAUAACGAUUCAAGGGAAAUAUAAAGAAAAUAUAAAAGAAAGAGCUCCUGGUCCAGGAACUUAUACUCAAGAAUUACCUCCUGAUAAGAAACAUGGAGGAAGCAUUAAAUUUGGAAAUGAACAAAGGAGUAAAAUGCCAAAGGGAGGUGAAGCUCCAGGGCCAGGCCAAUACUUGAUUAGCAUGCCAUAUGACAAAGGUCCUAAAAUUGGAACGGAUUUAAGAGAUAAGAAUCAAAAAUCCGAUGUUCCUGGUCCAGGUCAAUACAAUACCAGAGCACAAGAAGGACUUACAUAUUAUUAGUUUUUCUGAAGAUGAAUCAAUUUAUUCAGAUGAAA